AUGCUGCUGAAGAAUCUGUGGCGCGCCGCGCUGACGGCUGCUGCCUUUGCAGCAGCCCCGGCUCGCGCCGACGACUCUGCCAACCCCACGGGACAAUCAACCUUCAUCAGCCCCGACGGCAGCCUCGCCUUUGCCUUCACCGUGCCCGACAAUGGAAACACAGACAUCUACUUCAGCCUGCGCGUGUCGACGGACCGUUCCUGGGGCGCCAUCGGCCUCGGCAGCAACGAAAUGGCCGGCGCGCUGUUCCUGAUCCUCUACCGCAGCGACAACAACGAAAACAACGUCACCUUUUCUCCCCGCCUGGCCUACGGCAACUACGAGCCCAAAUACUAUCCCGACCUCAAGUUCCAGACGUUCAACGGCACCGGCGUCAAGGACGGCUACAUGACCUUCAACGCCGUCUGCAAUGAGCACUGUCGAAGCUGGCCCGCCGGCGGAACUGGCAAAGGCUACAUCGACGUGUCGUCGCCCAACCAACAGGCAAUUUACGCUCUAGGCCCCAAGGAGAGGUUUACUAGUGACGAUCCAAAUGCAGGCCUCAAGAUGCACAGCGAGCACGGCACCUUUACGAUUGACAUGAAGCGGACCCAAGGCCGAGCUGACCUGCCUGUCUUGACCAUGGACUCGGUUAGCGAGGGCACGACGCUCAACAGCCGGUCCACGGGCAAUUACGAUUGGAAGGCCGCUGCGCACGCUUCCUUCAUGGUCUUUAGCUUCAUGUUUCUGAUUCCCUUGGGUUCGAUCCUCAUUAGGACGGAAAAAUGGGCCAAGCUUCACAAGUUCAAUCAGACCUUUGCUCUCUGCCUUGUGUUGACGGGCCUUGCCUUUGGCAUCCUGACAAGCUUCAACUAUCGACGGUCUCGUGGAUUUCACUCCCUGCAUCAGAUCCUUGGUUUCAUCACCAUCUUUCUCAUGCUGAACCAGGUCGUACUUGGCGUCCUUCAUCAUCUCAAAUGGCGAAAGACGCAGCAAGCCACUAGAUUCGGCAAAAUCCAUGUCUGGAAUGGGAGAAUUGUCAUGAUAUUUGGCGCUGCCAAUGGUUACAUUGGUUUUGGCUAUGCGCUCGAUCGCAAAUACGCCCUCGUUGUCCUCGGCAUCGUCUUCCUCUUAGUCCUUUGCUUCUUAGGCUACAUCAUCUGGGCGGCCAAGCGCAAUAUGCCGCGCCGCCAACAGGGACCCUCUGGAUUUGAAGGCCUCAACCACAGCUACCAGCAGCAACAGCCACAGCCAUGGCGAAAUACUGCCUACUCGGCUGGCGCCUACUCAGGUGCUGCUGCGGCCCCAGUAUAUCCCGAUCAUCCUCCUCCGGGAUACGAGCCUCCGUCAUCGCAGAGUGAGCUCCAGAAUGCUGCCUCGUGGGGCGCGAGAACUCGUGAUGGAAGGAGCAGCUAUGAAGACGAGCCUCUUGAUUUAGGCUCAAGCCAGAAACCAAGGGAGUUUACAUAAAGAUGUUUCUAGUAGUCUGCAUGUAUGGCGUUGAGGGAGCAUGGGAACAAAUAAUGAUUAUUAAUGAAGUGGAUAAUAGGGGGAUAGGACUACGAUUACAGUUAUCUUAUGGCUUUUUCCUCUUAUGAUUGUCAAAGCGACUUGCUCGCAUAAUGUGCAUCUUCGUACAUAAAUUUCCAACGUCUAAUGAUGAAUUAUCUCAAUGCUGCUUUUUAAUAAGCAGCAUAGAUCUAUCAAUCUGUACUCGGCUCAUCUUCUUUAUCGCCUUCCAGCCAAAUCUCGUGGCCAUCGCCCUCCUUCACCACUAGACUCGUCAAGCACGCACAAACAGCAACACUACUCAAUGCCCACCACACCAGACCAAUAAUGCCCUUGUUCAAGCCAAACCCAUACACAACGCCACCCACCAUGGGUCCAAUCGUCCGCGCCGCGCUACUAACACUCUGCCCAAGCCCGUGAACAGUGCCCAGCACGCUCGGGUGCGGCGAGCAGUUGUUGACGAGGAUGGCCUGGCUGGGCAGCGCAAACGUCCGGCCCGUGACUUGGAAGAAUAACACGCCGCAAAUGGCAAUCCAUAUCAGAAUGCCCGCCUUUGCCUCCGGGGGCGGCGCGGUGCUCGGCACGACGGAGAGAUAGGGCACGAGGAAGUAGGCCACGGGGAAGAAGAGCAGGAAGAAGCGCCACGACUUGAUGGUGCCGAGGCGGGCUGAUAUGGUCGGGUAGAGGAACAGCUGCAUGUUGAUGCCGAUGAAGCCCAGGAUGGCCAUGGCCAUGCCGACGGAUCGCGGCUGCAGACCGAGACCGCCGGUGAACCAAAACGGCAGACGAGUCUCUCGGUCCGAGGUUGGCGUCGAGAGGAAGACGAACCAGAGCGAGUUGAACGUCCCCACGUGGAAGGUGAGGAAGAACUGCGCCACCAGAGUAACGAGCACGUUGCGGGUGAAGAUGCGUCGAAAGGCCAGUCUCUGCGUGUACCGCUUCGUCGACUUCCGCCUGGCCGCGUCCUCUUCGCCCGCCCU